AUGGCGUCCAAAGCAACGCCGCCCCUGGCGUGCUGGGAGCUCGAUAACAAUAUUGAACUCGUCGACCCCAAGCGAGAUGCCCUGUAUGCAUUUGACGAAGCUGCAAAUAAGGAGGCCAUGUCUUCUCGCGCUUGGGCGCAGAAUCCACAACAUUUCAAGCGUGUCCGCAUCAGCGCGACCGCCCUCAUUAAGAUGGUCAUGCAUGCCCGCUCCGGCGGGUCCCUCGAGAUCAUGGGCCUCAUGCAGGGCUACAUCAACGGCGACGCCUUUAUCGUCACAGACGCUUUCCGACUGCCCGUAGAAGGCACCGAGACACGUGUCAACGCCCACGCAGAUGCUGACGAAUACAUGGUCGAGUACACCGACGCCUGCCGCCGACAGGGCCGCAUGGAAAACGUAGUCGGCUGGUACCACUCGCACCCAGGCUACGGCUGCUGGCUGUCAGGCAUCGACGUCAUGACCCAGACAACGCAUCAGCAAUUCCAGGACCCCUUCUUGGCCGUCGUUAUUGACCCUGACCGCACCAUCAGCGCCGGCAAGGUCGAGAUAGGCGCCUUCCGCACCUUCCCGCACCCGCCUUCUGGUAUGGCGCCCGGAAAGGAAUCCACCGACGACAGCGGUGGCAGCGGCGCCACGACCUCUGACGGUUUCCAAGCCGUUCCGCUCGCCAAAGCCGCCGAAUUCGGCGCCCAUGCGAGCAAGUACUAUAGCCUUGAAAUUUCCCACUACAAAAGCACUCUCGACACGCAUCUCCUCGAGCUGCUGUGGCACAAGUACUGGGUGCAGACGCUCAGCCAAAGCCCCCUCUUCACGAACCGCGACUAUGGAAACAAGCAGAUGCUCGACCUGGCCUCCAAGAUUGGCGAGGCGACAACGCAGCUCUCACGCCAGAGCCGCAUCGCGCAGGGCGGCGCGGCGACGAUGAACCUAGGUGGCACACCGGGGUCGAGCAAGCGUGUCGAUGUCGCGAUGGAGAAGCUCGUCAGGGACUGCAGCUCGGUAUCUUCGCAGGAACGGACGGGGCUCAUGGCGGGCGAGGUUAAAGAGAAGCUGUUCAACGGACUCGGCACAUCGUCGUCGACCGGUGCUGAUGCCGGUGCGACUGGUGUCGACUCUCAUUGA